CCCCCUGGGUAGCUUGCUGCCAAAUGCGCAUGCCUGCCUAAUUAAGAUAGAAGUAAUAAUGGUAUAGCCGUACUCCUGUCUUUGUGAUUUGUUUCAUCGGAGAGCACUUCGUAUGAGAUUAAGUUACGCUGCUCCGAUACGGCCUGCUGGUUUUCGUUGUCAUUAACUAACGUUAUCCACAAUCGCUACAGCAAUAACAAGACGUCACUGUGUCUGAUUUCACUCCCUGCGAGAUGCGUUUGGUUGCGAGAAAAAGAACUUGACUCUGGCAGAUCAACGCGAUGGUAUCAGCAGAGAGGACUUCUGAAGCGAAAGACAAAGUAAUGUUUUAUGCACGUUUUUAAUGUCAACCCUGUCAUCACAGGACUCAGUCAAGCUAAUCACUUGGAAUCGAUAAUAUCACUUAACUAGCUAGUUAAUCGUGAGUGUAUUAAGAGCUAGUUAACCAUGUCGGGUCCUAAUUUUCUGACGAGAAUGAAGUCUGUCUUCAAGAAGGAGCCUGCUGACUGGAAUCUGAGUGACACGGCACGCUUCGAUUUCUCCGACGAACUGAUGGAGGAGGACAUCCCGAAAUUCAACAAAUUAAAAGUUGUCGUGUCUGGAGAAAUGGAUGAUUAUUCGGCGGGUGCUCAAGCUAAUGGAGCACCGGUAAACACACUUGUAGAUGACGACGACUCGCUUUUGGGCUCGUCUUCCAGUCUGGGCAGCCCAGGGGUCAAUUUGGACAACUGUGAGGAUUGCACAAAGAGAAAAGAACACACGAAACAACGUCGAGUUAUGAAAAAGCUCGGCUGUGCUGCAGCUUUGUAUUUUGUUUUUAUGAUUGCUGAACUUGUAGGUGGUUAUGUCGCUAAUAGCCUAGCGAUUAUGACUGAUGCGCUUCACAUGCUAACGGAUCUCGUCGGUAUUGUUGUAUCCUUGCUUGCGCUGUGGCUGUCUGCAAAACCGCCCACAAAAAGAUUCACUUUCGGAUUACACCGUCUUGAGGUGGUCUCGGCAGCCAUCAGUGUACUGCUGAUUUACAUUCUGACUGGAGUGCUCUUGAAUGAGGCUGUUCAAAGAACCAUCCACCAGGACUUUGACAUUAAUGGAGAUGUCAUGCUUAUAACCGCUGCGGUGGGCGUUGCCGUGAACCUAAUAAUGGGCUUCCUGCUUAACCAGUCAGGGCACCUGCAUUCCCACUCCCACUCUCACUCCCACUCGCACGGCCCUCAACAGCCGGCCCACGGCCACCAGAGGCCCCACGGGAGCCUGGCGGUCCGGGCCGCGUUCAUCCAUGCCCUGGGGGAUCUGGUGCAGAGCAUCGGCGUGCUCAUAGCGGCUUACAUCGUCCGCUUCAAGCCCGAAUACAAAAUUGCUGACCCCAUAUGCACGUAUGUCUUCUCCAUCCUGGUACUUUUCACAACAGUGAGAAUUGUAAGGGACACAGGAAUCAUUGUCCUUGAAGGGGUUCCAAGACACUUGGAUGUGAAGCGUAUCAAAGAGGACCUGUUGAAACUGGAGGACGUGCACUCUGUGGACGACCUGAACGUGUGGGCUUUGACAACAGACAAGACUGCAGCGCUGGUGCAUCUUCAGCUCUUGCCGUCCAGCGCCAGCAAAUGGGAGGAUGUUCAGGCGAAGGCCCGGCACCUGCUGCAGAACACCUACGGGCUGUACAAGUGCACCGUGCAGCUACAGUGCUACAGACAGAGGUCCCCCAACACAUGCACAAACUGCACCCUCGCCAGCGCCUGAACGCGAGCCCUCUCCUCACACGCGGCCCACUCCUCCUCCCCUCACAAACGAUAGCUGGUAACGAAGGUUACGCAAAGCGAGCCGUUCCCUUAACAUGCUGCUGCCAAGCUGGAGGAACACUACAUGCAAACGUCACAGAAAUCCUACUCGGAGGAUGACCAAAGGACAUGGAACUUGUUUGCAUCGGUGAAUGCAUGUUAAAAAAAUGAUUUGGAGAUCCCUCCGAGGGACUCAAACCCUGCAUACGCAAAGCUUUUAUUGAAGAAAAAUAAGCAUUUAUUUCCAUGGACAUAUUUUCAUAAACAUCUUCACAUCCUGAAAGCUUAUAGGAAAUGUGAACUUUAAUCUGUUUUUGCAUUAUAAUUUCCUUUUCGCUUAUCAUUUAUUGCAGGGCUAGUAAGUCAGGUAAGACUGCGAAUGGUACAGUUUUACUCAUUUUCUUAUCUAUGUACUUUGAUCUUUGUGUUUUUAUUUUGCCUUGGACCCAUAUGGCAGUGGGCGUUUUGCCACUCUUUGAGCAUAUUGCCUACCAUAUCUGUUCUGUAGAGGGGGUCAGAGUGUUUUGGAACUCCAAGCUCCAUAGUUCUCAUGUCAUAAUUGGCCUUCAUGGGGAAGGAGGCUGUGGACUGAUCUUCUGCCCUUGCUUCCAUGGGUCAGAAAGGGCUCAGAACCUCAGCUGUCAGGGCUUAGUCUUUUUUUUUUUUUUUUUUUAAAGGCACUGUGUUUUAUUUUUAUCCUGACAGUAUAACAGUUAAUAAUAAUAAUAAAAAAUGUAAUCAUAUGUAACAACUGGCACAUUGUAAUUCCCCCUUUCUCUCUGUCAGGUUAAAGUGUGGAUGUUCUUCUUCUGCAGUGGCUUACCAAACUAGACUAACACAAAGAUAAAAAGGAAAAAAGUGUUCAUGCCCUUCUGCACUGACAUUAUCACUGUUCUGAUACUUUGUGUGUACAUAUAACACUAUGAUUGGCUCUACGUGUCAUACACACACUAGCCCUGUAGAAACAUGUGAACAUUACUGAUUAUGCACACCGUAAAAAAAAAAAAAAAAAAAACAUUUAAAAUUAAUUGGACCCUUAAUACUAUGGGUCCAAUAAUAAUGAUUUAAAAAAUGCAACACUGUCACUCAUUUGAUCCUAGAGGGAUGGCUACAAGCUACGAACCUGUGGCAGUAUUGUGUUCUCCCUCUUAGAGGCAGGACAGAGUGCAGAAGUAUUAUUUUUCAAGCAUUUCAUUUGAGCAAUGUGAAUUUGUAAGGCUGGUCUCAAAAGGUUGCAUUUUUUCAGAAGGUCAAGUAAAAGACGAGGUGUUAGUGUGACUAAUCAAAAUUGGAUCAGUAUUUCCGUAAACAUCAGACAUAUAGUGUUUCUGUUUUGUUUUUUAAUUGCAGAGAAGUGCUUAAUUGUCUGGGUAAGCUAGACAGGACUUGGAAAAAAUUCACAUUGAUUUGCACAUUCCUCCAACUUGAAUGACUUUUUUUGUCAUUGCGAAAUCUGUUUUGUAGUAUUACUGUACCCUUCAUUUGGUAACAAAGCGUGUGUGUGAAACACUCUUCCACAGAGGUUAUUUGAUAGGGACACAAUAAUGACGGCUUUACUGGGCUUCCAUGCCCUCAUACUAAUCUAAAUAUGGCUGUUUCAUGACUGGAAUAUUCAUUGUCACUGAAAAUGUGAAUGAUGUGACUAAUGUAACAUUCUGAAAUAAACUGUCCUUGAAC